UACAUUACUGAAUCUCUUAUUGCCAGUAACAGUUUGCAUUUUCACACAGCUCCCCAUCUCUCUCCCAUAUAUCAUCACACCUCUUCUGUGCUUCAGAGACAAUAUUUUCAUAUCUUUGUCAGAUCUUUCUCCUUCUUCCUCCAUACGUUAUCUCAGCAGCUUCUCCAUAUCUCUCUCCCCUAGAAAAAGAAGAAGAGAAUGGAUAACGCUGACAUACUAAUGAACAUGAUGAUGCAACAGAUGGAGAAGCUUCCUGAUCACUUCUCUAACCCAAACCCUAACACUAGUUCCCAUAACAUCAUGAUGCCCUCCGAGUCCAACAGUACUUAUCACCCUUUCUUCUUCAACCAUACCCAUCUCCCAGUACUUAACCCAACCAUCACUCACCACCACCAACCCGGUUUAAAUUUCCGGUAUGCCCCUUCCACGUCAUCAUUUCUCCCGGAACAAAGAGGAGGAGGCGGCGACAACGCUGACAUGGCGGCGAUGCGAGAGAUGAUCUUUCGAAUAGCCGUGAUGCAACCGAUACAUAUUGAUCCAGAAUCGGUGAAGCCACCUAAGAGGAAGAACGUGAGGAUCUCUAAAGAUCCACAGAGCGUGGCGGCUCGGCAUAGGAGGGAGAGAAUCAGCGAGCGCAUUAGGAUACUUCAACGCCUUGUACCCGGCGGAACCAAGAUGGAUACUGCGUCGAUGCUCGAUGAGGCUAUCCAUUACGUUAAGUUUCUCAAGAAGCAGGUGCAGUCGCUGGAGGAGAAGCAUGCGGUGGUUAACGGCGGAGGAAUGACAGCAGCACCGCCGGUUGUUGGUGGAAAAGGAUGCGGGACUAUGCGAUCUGAUCAUCACCAGAUGCUUGGAAAUGCACAUAUUCUUAGAUGAUCUUCUGUUAAUGUGUUUCAUAUUAUAUUAUUAAUAUGAAGAGGAAAAACAUUCUGGGGAGGAGUGGAAUUUUAUAUAUUAGACGUUAUUUUAUUUCCUGUUUCUAUAAUCUCCGGGGUUAAUUCAGUCAGGCUUGUGCUGUAAAAAUAAUUAUAGUUUCUGAUAGUCAUGUUUCAUUGCUAAAAGAAUUAGUCUUUGAUUGCUACUAGACAAUGAGACAUGUUCCAGCUUUGAGACAUAAUUAGUUUACAAAAA